AUCACUCACUGCUACCUCUCUCUCUCUCUACACACUGAAACAAAGCUACCCGUUUUUCUUCGUCUACACACACACUCUGAAACAAAGCUACCAGUUUUUCUUCGUCUACUUUUAUUCAGAGAGAGAGAGAGUGUCUCUUGCUUUUCUUUCUCAAUUUCGUAACAAUGGGGACUCGGAUCCCAUCGCACCAGCUCAGCAGCGGUCUCUACGUCUCGGGUCGACCCGAGCAUCUCAAGGCCGACCGCCAACCGACCAUGUCCUCUCGCGCCGUUCCGUACACCGGCGGCGACAUCAAGAGGUCCGGCGAGCUCGGCAAGAUGUUCGACAUCUCCACCGCCGACCCCACCCAACAUACACACCCACAUCCGCCCAAGCCCUCGCGUCCCUCCACCUCCUCUUCUCAGCACAACAGCGGAUCCCUCAGAUCCGCCUCCAACUCCGGACCGAUCUCCAAAAAAUCCUCCGGCCCCCUGACGCCGCUCCAGCCCACGGGCCUAAUCACUUCCGGCCCACUGGGCUCGUCGGCGGGCAGGCGGUCCGGGCAGCUGGACGCCGGCGCUGCGGUUGGGAAGGUGGUUUACGGUUCGGCGGUGACGAGCUUGACUGAGGAGGCGAAGAUAGGGUUUAGGGUGUCGAAGCUGGUGAUGUGGGUGGUGUUGGUGAUUGCGGUGAUGGGGUUGGUGGUGGGGGCGUUUUUGAUGGUGGCGGUGAAGAAUGUGGUGAUAUUGGUGGCGGUGGCGGGAAUUCUGGCGCCGGUGGUGGUGGUGGUUUUGUGGAAUUGCGGUUGGAAGAAGAGAGGAUUGUUAGGGUUCUGGAGGAAGCAUCCAGAUGCUGAACUCAGAGGUGCUGUUGAUGGACAGUAUGUCAAGGUCACUGGGGUUGUUACCUGUGGCAGCAUUCCUCUUGAGUCAUCUUUCCAGAAAGUACAGAGAUGCGUAUAUGUUUCCACAGAAUUGUUCGAGUACAGAGGAUGGGGUGGGAAAUCUGCAAAUCCUAAGCACCGUUUCUUCUCUUGGGGGUCCAGACAUGCAGAGAAAUAUGUUGCUGAUUUUUAUAUAUCAGACUUCCAAUCUGGAUUAAGAGCUCUCGUAAAAGCAGGAUAUGGAGCUAAGGUAGCUGCAUUUGUCAAACCGGCGACUGUAGUUGACAUAACAAAGGAAAAUCGGGAGAUAUCCCCAAGCUUCCUACGCUGGCUUGCAGACCGCAGCCUGUCAAGCGAUGACCGAGUCAUGCGCCUGAAAGAAGGCUAUAUCAAAGAAGGGAGCACCGUGAGCGUAAUGGGGGUCGUCAGGCGCCAUGAUAAUGUUCUCAUGAUUGUUCCUCCAACUGAGCCCGUUUCCGUAGGUUGCCGAUGGGCUCAAUGUCUUCUCCCUACAUAUGUUGAAGGGCUUGUUUUGGCCUGUGAGGAAAGUCAAGACAGUGAUGUGAUUCCUGUAUAGGCUCCAUUUCAAUCCCCAGUUGCAGCUACCCCACCCAUAUGAGCAAAUAUGGGGCAUCUGAUGAAAACUGAUAUCAGGUGAUGCCCAGCCAGCCAACCAGCCCUCGCUGUUCAUGCCUUUCUGGAUUUAAAGUGCAUGGAAAAUGGCCAUCAAGAGAGCAGGAAAUACUGAACCAACCAACCAAUCUCUAAUAAGAGGAUCGUCUUGUCUGUCUUUGUUUGUGUAUAUUUAAUUUUGUCCCUUUUGGUUCAAGCGGAGGUCAGGAAAGGGGAAGAGAAGAGUUUUCCCCUUUCACUUUCACUGCAGCUAGGAAGAAGAAAUGUUGUAUUGUGAUCAUUUCACAUGUUUGAAUCCUAGCCUUAUUUUCUUAUGUACAUAUGUAGCUGCUGCGGCUGCCGCUUUCUUUAGUUUUCAUUUACCAAUGCUUCUCUUAUGCUUUGUC